AUGUCUCUCCAGAAGCUAUCGACCGAACUCGAUGGCCAGAUCGCAAGCAGUCUUCUCGGCGACACCAAAGCUCUCAGCGCCUUCUCUAAGACAAACAAAUACUACCGUGGUAUUGCUGAGCCUUAUCUAUUCAAGAAUAUCGAGGUUGCCGCUAACGAUGUUGAGACGUCGCUACGGUUACUCUUCACAUUGUUGGACCGCAAGGAACUUGCGCUCUACAUUGGAAGCUUGACUUACACACAACCCGUACGCCGUCAGGAGGUCACGAACCGAAGUUUGAAGCAAGAGAAAUUGCGUUCUGAUGUAUGGAAAUACAAAACCGCGAUACAGGACAGAAUGGACGAAGUUCUCUUUCCAGUCUCCGCGGUUCAGAAGAUGGUCAACAACCCGGCAAUGAGCAACCUAAGAGAGCUUGUGGUCGUUGGUUGCGGAAAAGGCAGACGUUGGCAGCCUGAUGGUAUACAAGAAGACGGCUUGGUCGAACUCCUACGAAGUUUAGAGAAGCAUACCCCACUCCUGGAGCUACUUCAGUGGUCAAAUCAGGAGUCAAACAGACCCGAAGGCCACCCCCAGUUCGAUACCUUCAGAGAUAUCAAACACCUCCGUAAACUACACGUCGAUUUUGGCCUACUCGUGCCGCACAAAGACACCAAGCUGAAGUGUCUCUCAGAUCCGCAUGCCGUCUUCCCCGCGCAUCUGGAACAUCUUACAUUAGACUGCUUCAACACGGAUAAGCUUCACAAGCUCGUGUCUACAUUCAACGAAACAGUCGAAAAAGCCGAAGACAUGUCCGAGACUGAAGCCCUUCAAGCCAAUCUCACCAUCCUCGUCGCCCUGUUCUCUCCUCUCAGGCAUCUCUCUCUCAUUGUACCCAUGGAGACUAGAAACGAGUCUAUGAACACCGUCACUUUGCACGAGUUGGAUCCGGUGGAUAUUGUAUUCUUUCGAUAUGCGGCGGACGAGUUACACAAGUUGGGUGUCACGUUGGAGGUGUUCAGUAGGAAAGGGGGUUACGAAAAGGAGAAGAAGUUACUAGUUAAAAAAGGAUGGACGGCGUCAUUGCCGCAGUAUCUAGAAUGA